AUGUUACGGCAAAAGCUUCAUUCUAUAUUUCAAGAUAGCAUUCAUCUUUGUUUCCGACGAUUUUCAGUGAAUGAUUUUACCUUGCGUACGCACACAUGUGGAGAACUACGAAUUGGACAUGAAAAAGUCACUCUGUAUGGUUGGUUGCAGUUUAAUCGUGUAAAUCGUUUUCUCAUUUUACGAGAUGCUUAUGGUAGUGUGCAAACAAGAAUUCCAGACGGCCGGAGAGAUUUGAUAGAGAAAGUGAAAAUGAUUAAUUGCGAGUCUGUCUUAAAAAUUAAAGGAGUAGUUAUGGAUCGUGGUGAACAGUUCCGAAAUCCAGCAAUGCGAACAGGCGAUAUUGAAGUAUUAAUAGAUCAGUUAGAACUAAUUAACACUUUCCCAGCAGUUUAUCCGUUGAAUGAAGUAACAUCAACAGAAGAAACAAGACUUCGAUAUCGUUAUCUAGACUUAAGGACCAAGCGGAUGCAAAGAGCACUAAGGCUGAGGAAUGAUGUUGUUUACGGAAUACGCAAGUACCUGACUGAAAAAGCGAAGUUCAUUGAGGUUGAAACGCCAAAUCUUUUCCGUCGAACACCUAGUGGUGCACAUGAAUUUAUUGUUCCUGCACCAAAACCUAAUCAAGGAAAAUUCUAUACCCUACCUCAAAGUCCUCAACAAGCAAAGCAGUUGCUUAUGUGUGCUGGUGUGGACAGGUAUUUUCAGAUUGCCCGCUGUUAUCGUGAUGAAGGAGCGAAGUCAGAUCGACAACCUGAAUUUACCCAAGUUGAUCUCGAAUUAUCUUUUACUGACCAAGACAAUGUUAUGAAAUUAAUAGAAAAUAUCAUUGUCGAAUCAUGGCCUAAGGAAUUGUCUUCGUCUCAUAAUUGUCUAUUGCAGGAUGAUUUGAAGCCUUCAGCUCCAUUCAAGCGUAUGCGUCAUCAAAAAUCAGAGCGUUUAUAUGGUACUGAUAAACCAGAUUUACGAAUUCCGUGGACUAUUGAAGAUUGCACUAAUGAACUUAAAUUCUUACAAAAAGUUGGAGACUCAAAUUUUGUUGUCAAAAUUUUUGUUGCCAGAAAUGGGGCAAGUGUUGCGAACAAAAAGAAUCUGGAUGAAUGGACUCGAAUUUUAAAUAACAAUACGAAGUCUCGGGUUUACUAUAUAAUUUUCUUUAUGUGGGGCGAUGAUGCGGGUGUGAAAUGGACACUUGGUCAGUUGCGACAUUUAGUUGAAUUUGUUUGGAUAACACAUUUUCCUUUGUUUGUUAUUAGUUCAGAUGGUCGUUUAAGAAGUGCUCAUCAUCCUUUUACUGCACCUGUACCAGAUGACCUGCCAUUGCUGUAUAGUCCAAAUAAGCUUCUUACAAUUACCGCUCAGCAUUAUGACUUGGUGAUGAAUGGUGUUGAAUUGGGUGGAGGCUCGAUUCGCAUUCAUAAUGGCGAUAUUCAACGGCAUGUAUUGUCAACGAUUCUUCAUGAAUCAUCAAACGAACUUGAGCAUAUGCUAAAAGCGUUAUCUUAUGGGGCUCCACCACAUGGUGGUUUUGCAUUAGGUCUUGAUCGAUAUAUUGCUCUUUUGGUCGGACGAGGAGAUUCAAGUUUGUCGAUCCGAGAAGUUAUCGCAUUUCCGAAAAGUAAAGAAGGUAAAGACCUGAUGACCGGUUCUCCUGUUGAGCCUACAACUUCAGAAUUAGAUAGGUAUUGGAAAGUAAUACCGAACUAG